GAGGCAGGAUGGAAGAGGGGAGGAGGGAAAACGAAAAGAUGGAGGAGAAGGAGGGGUGUCAGUUUCCAUUCCUUCCUGCAGGAAAUGUGUGCGGUUUAAAUCCAAACCAGAGUUUCUUUUGCAACAUUUCUGAGACAAGAAAGUGUUCAGAGUGUAAACAGCAGCAUGGUCAGCCGGUUCUUUACUUACUUCAAAGGAAUGGAAGUGACUGAUAACUGCAUGGUGAACAUCUAUCCGAUUGGUGAGGACUUCUACGCCGUCACAGAAAGCAACUUCAUCACCAAGGUUGAUCCAGAUUCUCUAGAAACAUUGAAGAAGGUGGACCUGUGUAAGUACCUCUCAGUGAAUGGGGUCACUGCCCACCCCCACAUUGAAGCAGAUGGUACAGUCUACAAUAUUGGGAACUGUUUUGGCAAGAACAUGAGUCUGGUGUACAACAUCGUAAAGAUUCCUCCUGCGCAGGAAGCCAUGAAUUUGUGUAUAACUACCUGUACCUGGCCAACCUGAGGGAGGAGUGGGAGGAGGUGAAGAGAGCAGCCAUGAGAGCUCCUCAGCCAGAGGUCAGACGAUACGUCCUGCCGCUGGAUAUUCACAGGGAAGAGCAGGGGAAGAAUCUGGUGUCUCUGCCCUACACAACAGCAACUGCUGUUCUUCACAGAGACGGCACCAUCUGGCUUGAACCUGAAGUUCUGUUUUCUGGACCACGACAGGCCUUUGAGUUUCCACAGAUUAACUACUCUCAGUGUUGUGGGAAGAAAUACUCCUUCGCCUACGGACUCGGACUGAACCACUUCAUUCCCGACAGGAUUGUUAAGCUGAACGUGCAGACCAAAAAAUCCUGGGUGUGGCAGGAGGAAGACUGUUACCCAUCAGAACCGGUUUUUGUCCCAACACCUGGAGCCACAGAGGAGGAUGAUGGCGUGCUGCUGAGCAUUGUGGUGAAACCGGGUGCAGAGAGACCAGGAUUCCUGCUGGUUCUGGAUGCCGUGAAUCUGAAAGAACUGGCCAGGGCUGAAGUGGACGCCAUCAUCCCCGUCACUUUACACGGGAUGUACAAACCACAGUCCUCAGACUGAACGCUGUUUCCUGCCUGUUUGUCAAAUCUUCAACUUUAAUGCAGCUGCAGCAUUUAUAACAAAUACAAUACUUGAAAACAUGUUUUAUACCAAAUAUUUAGUUAAACAUGUUUUUUUUAUUCUCUCACAGCGAAAUUAUAAUCAACUGAAUCGAGAAGCAGUGUUUGUGUGCAAGAAAAUUUUGGAGCAUCUUUUCA